GUUUUAGCUAAAGUUGCUCGAAGGAAACCAUGUCGGACGCUCUGGUUUUCAAGGGGAUUCUCAACGGUCAUACCGAUGAGGUGACGGCAAUCGCUGCACCCAUCGACAACACCGACAUGAUUGUCUCCUCUUCACGCGACAAAUCCAUCCUCGUCUGGGACCUUACCAAGGAGCAAUCCUACGCCACAGACAGCGCCCCGGCAUCCGCAGGUCUCCCCCGCCGCCGUCUCACCGGACAUUCCCACUUCGUUCAGGACGUGGUCCUCUCCUCCGACGGUCAGUUCGCACUUUCCGGGUCCUGGGACGGUGAGCUCCGUCUCUGGGAUCUCAAUACUGGUGCAACCACCCGUCGGUUUGUUGGCCACAACAAGGACGUCCUGUCAGUUGCCUUCUCUGUUGACAACCGUCAGAUCGUCUCUGCUUCACGUGACAAGACCAUCAAGCUAUGGAACACGCUUGGCGAGUGCAAGUACACUAUCCAAGACGGGGACGCUCAUACCAAUUGGGUGAGCUGCGUGAGGUUUAGCCCUAAUAAUUUCCA